AUGGACACACAUUAUUUCUGUGGACGUGAUAGUUAUUUAACGCGAUUCACUUACGAUUUCUGCUUGUUAUCGACGAAGACGUACGUUGCACAAUUGAAUUUAAAUGGUCAACUAUAUUUCAAUUAUACAAAUAAAUGUGUGAUGAAAUUAGUCGACGAGAGAUUGACCGAACCGACAAUCUCCGCACGAUUUACAUGUACAGAUUUACAAAAGCUAAUGUUUGAAAACCAUUUACAAUGUUUGCAAAACUAUCCGAACAAACCGAUUGAUUUCUGUACGAUUAUAUGCGAUAAUUUACAAGUAAUUAUUAAUCUAUUUCUGCAUUUAAACCAGCAGACUCCUGAUAUCUAUCGUUUACUAAUCCAAACGGGACGAAACUGUGGUGCGACUAUUCGAGAAUCACCAAUGAUGACAAUUCCUUCGAUAUUAAUGUCGAUUUGUUUAGAUAGAAAAAAUGCACGUUUAAAAGACGAUAUAACGAACGUUAUGCUUAACCGAAGGUAUGAAUUCAAUGACUACGAAUGGAUAUCCGAUUAG